CAGAGCCUGGAAUCUCCAUGCUGAAGGCCUGACGCUGGAGAAUCAGGCCAAGGAUUCAUCUGCUGGUCAGCAGCAGUCACCUGAGUUUCCAGGUGUUUGCAGGUGUGAAGGAAGUUGCUCUGCUGGACUUUCAUCAGACUCGAGUCGAUGACGGAGAGUGGCAUCAUGUCCUGAUGGAACUGAAGAGCAGCAAAGAUGGAAAGGACAUCAAAUACAUGGCUGAGGUGUCUUUGGACUACGGCUUGUUUCAGGCAUCAGUGGAGAUUGGUAACGAGCUGCCAGGCCUCAGACUAAAAAGUCUGUUUGUUGGAGGACUUAUGAAGAACGGCUUGGUGGUGAACGGAUGGAGAGGCUGCAUCCAGGGUGUGAGGAUGGGAGAGACGUCCAUGAAGCUGGCAAUUGAUAACCUGCGGGGGAGUCAGAUGGUCGGUGUGGGGAAUGGAUGUGAUGUCAUCGACUCCUGCAGCAAUGGUGUCUGUCCGCCACACAGUCACUGCAAAGACCUCUGGGAACAUCACACUUGCACCUGCCAACCAGGAUUCUUUGGGAGGAACUGUGUGGAUGUUUGUCUCUUAAACCCCUGUCAGCACAACUCCACCUGUGUCCACCAGCCGAGCUCCCGCCGUGGAUACUGCUGUCACUGUGGAGACGGUUACCAUGGAGACUACUGUCAGCACAGAUCACAAGUGCCGUGUGCUCGAGGCUGGUGGGGGGGUCCAGUCUGUGGUCCUUGUACCUGUGAUACUUCUAAAGGAUUCAACAGAGACUGUAACAAAACUACAGGAGAGUGCAGCUGUAAGGAGAAUCAUUUCCAUCUGGAGGGCGGAGACUCCUGCCUCCCCUCCGACUGUUUCCAGCUGGGCUCUGAGUCUCGGGUCUGUGACUCUCAGAUCGGUCAGUGUCUCUGUAGGACAGGUGUUUUGGGCGUCAGUGCAACACCUGCGACAACCCGUACGCUGAGAUCACAUCCAGAGGCUGUGAGGUGGUGUAUGAUGUCUGUCCGAGGGUGUUUGAAUCUGGACUCUGGUGGCCAAGGACUCAGUUUAAUCAAACUGCAGCUGUGAGAUGUCCCCAAGGCUCCACGGGUACAGCUAUACGUCACUGUGACGAGCAACACGGCUGGCUCCGCCCCCUCCUUUUCAACUGCACCUCAGUGAGCUUCAGACACCUACACUACCAGG